AUGGACGACCCCGAGCGCGGCUGGAGCCUGUCCUUCGCGGGCUGCGGCUUCCUGGGUCUCUACCACGUCGGGGUGACCCGCUGCCUGAGCGAGCGCGCCCCGCACCUCCUCCGCGACGCCCGCAUGUUCUUUGGCGCCUCUGCAGGGGCGGUGCACUGCGCCACCUUCCUCGCCGGGAUCCCGCUGGAAUGUGCUAUAUGCAUGCUGACAGACCUAGCCCAGAGAACCAGAAAAAGGAAACUUAGCAUCUUCCACCCAUCCUUCAACAUAAGCAAGUACUGUAGAGAGUAUCUCCAGGAACAUCUCCCAGACAAUGUUCACCAGCUUGUCUCCAGAAAACUGUGCAUCUCACUCACCAGAUUGUCUGAUGGGGAAAAUGUGCUGGUGUCUGAUUUUCACUCCAAAGAUGAACUUGUGGAUGUCUUAGUUUGUUCCUGCUUCAUCCCUUUCUACAGUGGCUUAAUUCCUCCUACCUUCAGAGGUGUGCGAUACAUGGAUGGAGGUAUAAGUGACAAUAUGCCCUUCACUGAUGCCCAAACAACCAUCACUGUGUCCCCCUUCUAUGGGAAGCAUGACAUCUGCCCCAAGGUCAAGUCCACAAACUUUCCUCAUGUGAACAUCAGCAAGCUCAGUCUGUUUCUCUGCCCAGAAAAUGCCUACCUUUUAUUCAGAGCAUUAUUCCCUGCAGAUCACAAGGAACUUGGAGAGAUGUGCUUCCAAGGAUAUUCAGACACUCUUAGAUUCUUGGAAGAGCAGGGCAUCUGCACCAGGCCAGGGCCAAGCCUGAAUUUACCCUCUGAAGAGAGAAAGUCUGAGGUCAUUGCUCCCUGUGGGGAAAACAUGAGCCUGGAGACUCCCUGGGAGGCAGCUGCCUUUGAGAUGAAACCCAAGGGGGCUGAGCUGAUGGAGACCCUCUCCCCCAAGCUCACUAAAGGCUGGUGACGUGCUUCUCAUAUAUUCCUGAUGGCAUGCAGUGGCUGCAGUGGGCAAAUGCCCAAAUUUACUCUCACUUGAUGGCUUCUCUGCUCCCUACUUCCAGAUGCCAAACUCCAGC